AAAACAAAUAAUAAAACGUAAUUUAUACAUAAUGCACCUUCGGACAUGCAUACAUAAAUAUCACAUUGAUUGAUUGCAAUCAGCUGACAAUGUUUUUUAAACGUUUUUCAAAUAUUUAUGGGAUGUUAAUUAACUGUACGAGUGCAAGCACGUACCACAAGUCUACUAGUCGUACUAACAAGUCUUUCUCUUUACCUCUCUCUUUCUUUAAGCAUCGCCAAUAAUAUUUAACUCUCACAGUAUGAUAUAACUCUGUCAGUUCUUUUGUAGACGUCGGUCGUUUUCCUACUAACAAUAGAGGCACAAAGUCACCAACGAGGAGGCAAUAAUUAAAAGAAACACAUCUUUAUCUGUUUUGUUAUUCUGAAAGAAACAAUCCGUUGCCAGGACGAAACCAGUCAUAAAAGCUAAGUUGUUAAUAGAUUUUAUGCAACGAUGGCGUCAAAUAUAAUAAGUAAAUCUACAAGAGUGUUAUUCGAAAAUGAUACUCUUGCCAAAUCGCAACUAAUUGAAGACCUUAAAGAGAAAUCUAAAUAUGUUAGGCACAUUGUUUGGAUAAAUGUGAUAAUUCUCCCACUUCAACAUUUUGGUGCACUUUACGGACUUUAUCUCUCAUUUACAUCCGCCAAAUUUGUGACUACCCUUUUUGCAAUUUUAUUAUAUUCAUUCAGCGUCUUUGGAAUCACAGCCGGGGCUCACCGACUUUGGGCACACCGAUCAUACAAAGCUAAGUGGCCCCUCCAGCUGCUACUUAUGAUUAUGAACACUGCAGCAUUUCAGAACGCCGCGAUUGAUUGGUCCAGAGAACAUAGGAUUCACCACAAAUACAGCGAAACCGAUGCCGAUCCACAUAAUAUUAAAAGAGGUUUCUUUUUUGCGCAUAUGGGCUGGAAGCUUAUUAACCAACAUCCAGACGUAAUGAAAAAGAGCAAAAGCGUUGAUUUGAGCGAUCUUGAACGCAAUUCAAUAUUGGCGUUUCAAAAGAAAUAUUAUGUCAUACUGAGGCUAUUGCUUUGCUUUGUUCUUCCUACUGUUAUUCCAGUCGUGUUUUGGGAUGAGACCGUGACAAACGCUUUCUUCAUUUCAACCGUGCUCCGUUAUAUCGUCACGUUACAUGUGACAGGGCUGGUAAAUUCCGCGGCUCACAUGUUUGGCAACAAACCCUACGAUAGAUAUAUCGGUUCAGUGGAGAACACAGGUAUUGCCAUAGCCGCCUUCGGUGAAGGUUGGCACAAUUACCAUCACGUCUUUCCUUGGGAUUACAAGACAGACGAAUUAGGUAAUUACAGAUUCAACGUCACGACAGCCUUCAUCGACUUUUUCGCAAAGAUCGGCUGGGCCUACGACUUAAAGACCACAUCCAAGGAAAUAGUAAGGAAACGUGUGGCGAAAACGGGUGACGGCAGUCACGAGAUAUGGGGUUGGGGCGAUAAAGAUCAAACGCAAGAGGAAAGAGACGCAGUGAUAGUGACGCAUCAUCAUACAAAGGAGCAGUAG